AUGGCAACUUCUUCCACCUUCUUCUCUCCUUUCCUUUUCCUGUGCGUGCUGGUUCUUUCUGACAUCAGUCCUGCAGUCUCCCUGGACUCUGGCACAAAGCUCAAAAAUGUCCCAGAGAACAACAACCAUCUUCAAAACCAAGAGAUGUGGCUGCCACAGCCCAGAAGUGGGCACCACCACAAGCAUGGCUUAGCCAAGAAGGAGAGGGUCCAUGCCAUGCCUUCUAGAGGGCGGCCAGCUGGGGAAGAGGCCCUCAGAAUGGGGAGCGGAGCUCCAGCUGCGGAAGAACUGGCAGCAGAGGGACAGCCGGCAGCCCUGAAACAGAAUAAGGAUGUGUUCCUGGGGUUUGAGUUCCCAUAUCCUGAGAGAGAAAACCAGUCUCCUGGGUCUGAGAGAGGAAAGAAGCAGAACCGAGAGCAUCGGCGACACAGCCGCAGGGACAGGCUGAAACACCACAGAGGGAAGACUCCUGAUGCUGGGCCAAGCUCUCUGUACAAGAAACCAGAAAGCUUUGAAGAACAGUUUCAAAACCUCCAGGCAGAGGAAGCUACAAGUCUGACUCCCACCAUGCUUCUCAUCACUGCACUGGAAUUAGCUGCUUCCACAGAAGAGCCUCCUGUUCUUCCAGCCACAUCACCACGGUCACAGGCCCGCCUCAGGCAAGAUGGGGAUGUGAUGCCCACCCUAGAUAUGGCACUCUUUGACUGGACAGAUUAUGAGGAUCUCAAACCAGAAAUGUGGCCAUCUGCUAAAAAGAAAGAAAAACGCCGCAGUAAGAGUCUCAACAGUGGAAAUGAAACCGUGACGGCUGAAGGAGAGCCAUGUGAUCAUCACCUUGACUGCCUCCCAGGCUCUUGCUGUGACUUGCGUGAACACCUCUGCAAACCACACAAUCGGGGCCUUAACAACAAAUGUUAUGAUGACUGUAUGUGCACUGAAGGGCUACGCUGUUACGCCAAAUUCCACCGGAACCGAAGAGUGACCCGGAGGAAAGGGCGCUGCGUGGAGCCUGAAUCGGCCAAUGGAGAGCAGGGAUCAUUCAUUAAUGUUUAGGAGGGUGGGACUCCUGCCUGGACGGUCAGCAGCUGGGGUCAAACUGUUUAUACCUAGCAAUGGGAAUUAGAGGAAAAAGUCAAGAAAAUGACUGAAGCUGCAGGCUCUAAACAUAUCAGGUUCCAGCAACACUGAGGCUCAUGUUAAUUAUAAAUAGAGUGGUCUCAGCCUUCUCCAUAUCAGGACUGCAUUCCCCUUCCCUUCUCUCAGCACAUUCCUGCCAUUGAGCUGGGUCCCCUCUCCCAGUUAGUAAGAGAUGAUCAUGACUAACCAUUCUGAUGGCAAGAUGUGAAAGAUCCUUCAGGUCAAAGGGGAUAAAGCUUAAACUUUACCCCUUAACUAUUGCUUGAGAAGAAAGGUAGAUCCUCCUUAAGGAUCAGAGGUUUCUAGAGGAUAGGAAGCUUGU